AUGGUUUCUCUCUUUCUCAGUCACUUUUUUUUCAGUCUCUCUCACAAAUUUCUUUCGAGUCUUUCUUUCAAUGUUUCUAAAUUUUUCCCGAUUUAUCACACUCUCUAUCUCACAUUUCUCUCCCCAUUCCUUCGAUCGUUCUCUCUCGCCCUCCAUCUUUGUUUUUCCUCAACACCAGAAAUGUAUCUCUUUUUAACUUAUACGCAACUAAAUCAUUAUCUAUCUAUCUAUCUAUCUAUCUAUCUAUCUAUCUAUCUAUCUGCCAGUCAGUUAUUUAUUCUUUCUUUCUGUCUAUCUAUCUAUGUAUCAUUCAGUAAGAUUCAUUAUCUAUCUCUCUAUUUUUGCAUAUCUAUCAUUUUUUCUCUCUAUCGAUGUAUCAAUUCAUUAUCUAUCUAUCUAUCUAUCUAUCUAUCUAUCUAUCGAUUGAUUUCAUUAUCUAUCUAUCUAUCUAUCUAUCUAUCUAUCUAUCUAUCUAUCUAUCGAUUGAUUGAUGUAUCUUUCUACCUUUCAGUUCAUUAUCUAUCUAUCUAUCUAUCUAUCUAUCUAUCUAUCUAUCUAUCGAUUGAUGUAUCUUUCUACCUUUCAGUUCAUUAUCUAUCUAUCUAUCUAUCUAUCUAUCGAUUGAUGUAUCUUUCUACCUUUCAGUUCAUUAUCUAUCUAUCUAUCUAUCUAUCGAUUGAUGUAUCUUUCUACCUUUCAGUUCAUUAUCUAUCUAUCUAUCUAUCUAUCUAUCUAUCUAUCUAUCUAUCUAUCUAUCGAUUGAUUUCAUUAUCUAUCUAUCUAUCUAUCUAUCUAUCUAUCUAUCUAUCGAUUGAUGUAUCUUUCUACCUUUCAGUUCAUUAUCUAUCUAUCUAUCUAUCUAUCUAUCGAUUGAUUUCAUUAUCUAUCUAUCUAUCUAUCUAUCUAUCUAUCUAUCUAUCGAUUGAUGUAUCUUUCUACCUUUCAGUUCAUUAUCUAUCUACCUUUCUAAAGGUUUAUGGCAUUAUCUCUCUGCCUAGAAUAUUUUUUCAUAUCUAUCUAUCUAUCUAUCUAUCUAUCUAUCUAUCUGCCUGUCUGCCUGUCAGUUACUUCAUUGUCUCUCAGAUUUGUAUAAAAACAAUUGAAAUUUCUCAAACUAUUUUCUUUUACUUCCUCUUUUUCUUUUUCUAUUUCUCUUUCUCUCUCCAUCUUUCUCUCUUUGUCUCCCUGUCUCUAUCUAUCUUUCUUUCUUUCUCUCUCUCUCCGUCUUACUCUCUGUCUCUUUGUCUUACUCUCUCUCUCUCUUCCUGGCUCUCUAUUUUUCUCUUCUUAUGUAUCACUCCGUCUCCCUGUCUUUGUCACUCUCUCUUUGUCUCUCUCUUUUCUGUUCCUAUCUCUCUGUCUUUCUGUUUCCUUGUCUAUAUCUGUGUCUCUGUCUCUCUCUCUUUCUCUCUGUUUUCUUUUUUUCUGUCUCUCUCUCUGUCUCUCUUUUUGUCUCUCAUGCUCUUUGUCUUUUUCAUAUUUUUUUCUUUGUCUGUCAGUCUCCAUUUCUGUCUCUCUCGUUUGCUAUCUCUCUCACUCUUCCUGUUUCUCUAUACUUUCCCCCUGUCUCUCUCUCUCUCUCUCUCUCUCUCUCUCUCUUUCGCCUCGUCGAACAAAUACCUCCAGGUGCCCAAAUUCGCUUUCGCAUUUCACAUUCAAGGCCAAACAGGCCUCAGUGAUUUACGCAUGCGCAAUUACAAAACGCCUUCCGAGAAGGACGGGUUCACUAAUCUGCAUCGCUACUGGAUAAGUUACUCUCUCACUAUUCUGUUACACUGCCUCUUUUUAUGUCCCUCUUUUCAUUGCACAUGUCGUUCUCUCUGCACCUCUCUUUGUCUUUCUCUUUCUUCCAAUCGUAUCACUUUCUUUUUUUCUUUCUUUUUUUCUAUUUCUUUCUUUCUUUUUUUUUUUCUUUCUUUCUUUCUUUCUUUCUUUCUUUCUUUCUUUUAUUGCAUUUUCUAA